GAAUUGACAAUCGUUGAAACGAUUUUCCGGUUACGCUUAGAAUAUAACAUUUAUAAAGCCAAAAAAUGUUCCAAAUCGCAGACUGCUCUUUGUGGCUAUCGUUGUUGCUGCUGGCUUUGGUGCACGGUGGCCAGUCGGAAGUGUUUCAGCAUCGCUUGACCAUCUUUGCGGAAGCGGGACGCAUGGAAUGCUACCAUCAGGCUGUGGCUGCCACCGAGAUAAUUAUGCUGGAGUAUCAGGUGAUAUACGGUGGCCAGGGCGAGACGCACAUCAACUUCAAUCUGAUGGAUCCGCAUCGCAGAAUCCUCGUCACAGAUCACAAGCAGCAAGGCCAGAAGCACAGGCUGGACGCCAACGAGACGGGCAUCUAUAAAUUGUGCUUCGACAAUACGAUUAGCACGUUCAAUCAGAAAAUUGUUGUCUUCAAUUUGGAGAUAGCCGCGGCCAAUCACGAGGAGCUGGAGCGCCAGCUGCUCAUCAAGGAGAUGACCUCGGACUAUCAUUUCGAUCGCACCUAUACCCAUAUGCACGACUAUGUCACCAAAAUUGGGGUGAAUAUGAUGCGCGCGCGUCAGACACAGGACUAUAUACGCACGCUGGAGGCCAGGGAUCGCAAGCUGGCCGAGUCUAGCUUUACCAUGGUCAACAAUUGGUCCUGUGCCCAGUUCAUAGCCAUGAUUGUUGUUGGCAUGCUGCAGGUCUUUAUGCUGCGCAGCAUUUUCAACACCGAUGGCCGUUUUUACAAUUUGUGGAAGAAAUUCUGAAUUAAGCUUAAGGUUUAAUUGAAAAUAUGUUCGAAAAUCCAUUUGUGAAAUAAAGUUCAAUGGAUCACAGAGAUUUCUAUAGUAACAGCAGCGGGGUCGAACUUUAAGUG